AUGGAUUUAUCUUGGUCUAGCCAUCAAACUGACCCUGGCAGGGUAUCCGCCAGGAGUAAAGGAUAUGAAUUAAAAAAAACGACGGAGCUUGGCGUACAGGGGAACACUGCCUCAGAUGUCGACACAGCCCCUUAUUACGAAGGCUCGCAUUUAAACCGUCAUGGCCAAUCUAAAACUAACAAUGACACAAUUAGAAUCGUGGAUAAUCCAAUGGAAUCAGAGAAUACUAGGUUGUCUUUACAACCGUUUCAUGGAUCAGAAGAUGUUGGAAAGAUAGGGGGUGCAGGGUCUGAUUCUGGUCGUGCCGAUCCAACUACCCCUAGGUCACCUAUUCAUUCGCAACAGAACUAUCAAAAGUGUACGGUAAAUUAUGACUAUUCACGUCAUUUAACAGCAAAUCCAAGUAGUAAUCCAAAUAUAACCAGUGAGGGUGAUUAUAGCUACAGGCAUUCUAGGUCGGCCUCACGUUCUCCUCAGCGAAGGCCUAUCGGUUCCAGUAAACCAAGCUCUGGUUCAACAAGUCCGGCUAGACCAGAUGGGUAUAUCCCAUAUUCCUUAAACCGUGACUAUAAUUCGGAGUCUUCAGUCUUGAUGGUCAAUGGAGACCCCUACCACAGUUCUAGGUCGGACCGUGACCGACUGGUAGGACAAAUGUCGCAACUUGAGGUCGAUACAACUUCAAGAUCUAAUUCAAGGCCAACAGUACCACCAAUUAUAACACAGACAGAUAUGUCGCUAUCCAGUUCGCCGCCCAAGUUGCUGUCCCCAUAUCCCCUAUCUCGACCAUAUCAACUGUCACCUGCUACAAGUCCUGUUACAUCCAAUAUAUCCUCUCCCGUCCAGUCACCGCUUCUUGAAACGUCUCCUAAUUCCAAGCCUUCCAUAUCGCCAGGAUCCACUGGACACUUAUCACCGCGACCAGUGACUCCAGACAAUACUAAGGAGUCAAAACGGAGGUCACUAUUGAGAGCUAUUUCGCCAUUGAGGAGACACCAUCAUAAAUCGGAAGAAAACAAACAUGGUAGCGAUGCAGACAGUUAUGAUCUAGAAAGUAACGAGCAAGAAUGGGAAGAGAAAGCCAAUGAGCUGGCUCUUUCCAGCAGCUCGCUCCCGAGAGAAAGAUUUGAUUUUGAAAAACCCCUUGCCAAUACGAACUACAAUAGCAAGAAUAGUAGGGAAAAUGAGUUAAAAUUACAAAAAGCUAUAAAUAUACAUGAACAAGGGCGAGUAGAGGAGUCGUGCAAACUAUUUGAGGCACUGGCAAGGACUCAACAAGAAGGAGGCCCAGGAAUGCCGUUAGCGCAGUUACUGUAUGGAUUAUCAUUGAGACAUGGUUGGGGAUGUGGUGUGGAUGAACAGCUUGGAUUCAAGUACCUGCGAAUGGCGGCAUCGGCAAGUGCCGAACUCAACCAAACAAACAAUACGGCAUCAACUAAAGCAGAGCUUGUACUGGCAAUAUUUGAAUUAGGAAAUAGUUUCAGAAACGGGUGGGGGUGCGAAAAAGACGAUAGCUCAGCUAAAACGUACUAUGAAACGGCAGCUAGGCUCGGAGACCCCGAUGCCAUGAUGGAAGUGGCACAAUGUUACCUUGAUGGUAUUGGAACCAAGAAAAACAAGCACCUGGCAGCGAAAUACUACCGAAUGGCAGAGAAACAUGGAAGAAGUGAGGUGGGCAAUUCUUGGAUCUGGUAA